AUGACAUCUGGAAGUACCUAUGAAAACAAUACUGUAACACUAUAUCUUAAAUAUAGAGAUAACUUUGAUAAUAAAGCUAUACCAGAUACUCAGAAUAGUAGUGGACAUAAAGAAAAUCCUGCAAGGAAAUAUAUGCAUAUUUAUUCUGAUGAUGGUGAUUUAGUCAAUACAUGUCAAGAAAUUGGUAGAUAUUUAAUUGAAAUAAAUGAACACUAUAAAUAUGAUAGACACAAUCGUUGUAAAUACUUAAAUUACAGGAUAAAUUCAGACCAAAAAUAUAAUAAUCCUAGUUGGUUUAAGGAAUAUGAACAAUUUUCGUCCCAAAUAGAUAAUGUAUGCAAGAAAGAAAUAAAAAAAAUUGAUUUUCACAUUUUAAGAAAACUUGAGAACUUAUACAAAUUAUAUAAGGAUUUUAACAGUUUUAUUACUCAAGAAAAAACUUCUAGUAGUAAUUGUGAACAUCCUAAAAAUUGUUAUGAUUUUUAUAUUGAACAUUACAGGGAAUGUGAAGGAAACGUAUAUAACGAAUUUUGCGGAGAAUUAAGAAAUUUUAAGGAAGUAUAUGAUUAACACACGGAGAAUCUAACUACUUAUCCUCAUGUACCAAAAAUUUUAGUACCUCCAAAAAGUUAUGUUUUUGCUUCCAGUUUAACAACAACUGUUGUAUUAUUAACAUCUUUUAUUUUAUUUUUUUUAUAUAAGUUUACUCCAGUGAAAUCAUGGUUAAAUAUUCAUUUAAAAAGGAAAAAAACAGUUGAACUUGAAGAAGUUAAUAAAGAAUCAAGAGAAUCUUUAAAAAAUAUCUUCGAAGACGUUUAUAAAAAUUAUGAACGAAGUGUAUAUGAUAUAGGUUAUCAAACUCAAGGGCAUACUUGA